AUGACAUGUACUCCCCCCACAGGCAAGGCAGGCCGCACCCCCAUGGUCACCUCACCAUGCACCAAAUCCGAGAAGAGCGUCAACCUAUGCUGUGGGGCAGAAAAAACCGUCAAACCCAUACCCCGGACAGCAAUACUGGAACCAGUCGCUGUCUCAGAGGAGAAAGAUAGCACAGAGUCCACAAUAAACGAGUCAAGAAUCUCCGUCCCCGACACAGACAAUGAAGGUUUUGUAUGUUCCCACACCGCCGCAAGGACACGACUCCGCUCCUCACGCAAAGACGCAGCAGCCGCAGACGACUUUGUUGGCGAAUACACAGGCUUAAGCUUUUUCCUCAAUACUGGGCACUCACUUUCCAGUGACCCUUCCCCAUACAAUAGUUACAGACACGAUGUGGGUCCAGCUUCCCCUGGAACCCCUGUCUACCUCAGCCCGCUCAAUCCCUUCCGACUGCCUGACAGAUUCGGCCUCCCGAAGAUGAACAUCUUGACUGAAGUUUGUGUCCAUGUUGUGUCUCUUCAGUCCAGUACAGUCCAGACUGACUCUGAGGAAGAGAAACCUUCAGCUGGCUGCAGCCUCAACAAAGACAAAGGUUUCCUGAGCGUGCUGAUGAACUGUCAGUGGCAGAGUUUACUGUGUCAGGUGGAGGCAGGUCUACUCAACAUGUUUGGAGAGGAGGAAAAGGAGGAGGAGGUUAAGAGGUCGCCUCAGUACACCGUCCAGCUCAGAGGGUGUGAGGUCAGAGGCGGGCCUGACACCGACCACUCCUACAGGAUCACACUGAGCAUGCUUGGUGACCAGGUGGCUGUGCUGGAGGUGAAUAGUUCAAGUGAAAAGGAGCGAUGGUUAAAGCUGCUGCAGGACGGAGCUGCCAAUCACAGUCACCAUGACAGGAACACACAGAUCAACACAGGUGGAGCUCUCAGUGGGCUGCAGACUCAAAGGUUUCCCACCUCCAAUACCUACAUGGACGACCCCUUCCACCUUAGUGGAGCAGGCCAAGACCAACCCAUCUACUCCAACACCUCCAUACUGGAGCUUAUGCUCCACAGCUCUCAGGAUUCAGUUCAAUGCAGCUCGGUGUCAUCUAGAGACUCAGUGACCUACAGCAACACCGCCUUCACCGGCCACAACAGGAAGUCGAUGGAAGUGGAACGAGGCAUUCAGAAGCUUGAGUUAACGGGGAAGAGGACGGUGCAGCGGAGGGCAGGGUCAGAGAUAAACCUGGCCUCUGUCGGAAAGCAAAACAAACGCACCUCUUUUAGACAGUCGCUGGCCAUCUGCAGUGAGCGUGCUCAGGCGAGUUUCCUGAACCCUCUGCUGCGACGGACGGCCUCAGCUAAAAACUCCCUCAGACGAGCUCCUUCAGCGCUGUUCAUUGAACAUGGGAAGGUAUUCCAGAGGAGGAAGGAAUGGGAAACCAAAGCUGCUGCUUGAUACUAACCAUAUGUCGUCAUCAUCAUCAUCAUCAUCAUCAUCAUCAUUAUCAUCAUCAUCUACAAACAGUCCUCUCAAUUGAAGAACUUUCUAAAAUGCUUUACAAUGAGUGAAGUUACUCAGUAUGGUCAGAGGUGGAGAAAGUAUAUUUUACUUCCAUAAAAGUAGUAAUACCACAUUAUAGAAAUACUAUGUUACAAAUUAAAGCCCUAAUCUUAAAUAAAAUCACAAAAAGUAUUAGCAUCAAAAUAUACUUGAAGUACCAAAGGUACUCAUUAUGUAGAAUAAUAAAUAUGAUUGGAUUACAACUAAUGAUGCAUUAAUGUGUUUAUCACUUUAAUGUUGCAGAUGGUAGUUGAUACAUCCUCAUUCAUUAGUUGAUAAUAUUUUGUUUUGACUGAUUCUGUAAAGUAAUUAAAGUUAUUAGAUAUGUGUAGAUAUAUCUCAGUCUGAGAUGUAGUGGCUAAAAGUAUAAAGUAGCAGAAAAUUGACACUAAGUAAAGUACAAGUAUCUCAAAAUUUUACUCACACCACUGAUUAAAGUCUACAUCAAAUGGAUUGGUAUUAUGUUGGAUUAAUGCUGAGCAAUUAGCUGAUUUCACAAAACAAGUCACCAAAAUCAAGAGAACCUUGUGUGACUUUAAGAUGACACAAAGUUUGUCAUCUAAAACAUCUGCAAGCAGCCCAAAAAUUAUGACUGUUCAGACUGCAGCAACUGUCAAUGUCAACCAUGCCAAUCAUGUCUGUAUGUGCAACACCCGAUUCAGUCUAAACAGAACAAAGUGCACGGCUGGUUUUAGACCUUUACAAUGUGAUGUUGGUAGUUUUCAUUUAUUUUAUUGGUCAUGUUUUCAGGCCAGUGCACAAUUGAAGGUAACUGCACCGGAGAUAGCUAGCAGCUAAUUUACCCGUUGCCCGUGGGCAGCUGCACAAACAAUAACCACAGAAUAGCAAACAUUAAACAGCACAAUACAUAAAAGUCAAUCAAUGCGAGAUAAUGCUUUAAAUCAGUAUGAUAAAUACUGGGUUUGGGGCUGGUUUUAAACACUGCAAAGCAUCCUGAGUCUGUCUGUGAGUAUGGAAUUUCAUACUCAAUUUCACUUCCCCACUACUUUAACUGAAAAAGCAGAUUGACCAAAGGCUACCCUUUUGAACUACAGUACCCAGUCACCUUGGGUAGAGUCUCUAGUCUUACUGGCACUGCUGCUGCCGGGAUAGGCAAGGCAUCCUGUAACAGAAGGGUGUGAAAGAUUAUGAAUAACUUUAUACAUCAGGAAUGCAUCAGAGUAAAAUAAGAAGUCAAAAUUGGGGACCCCUUUUUUUCAGGAUAUUAUAUUAAUGAUGAUCCUUUGGCUUUUAGAAUUUGUUGAGCGAGUGUGUAAACAGGCUUGAGUCUCACACCUGCCUUUGUUUCAUAAGUACACACAUGAAAGCCCUCACACUGCACAUUCUUUAUUAACAUCUUAUUUUAACACUAAUCUGGGUUUAUUUUAGUCCAAUUAGAGACUUUGAUUUUGAUUUUGAUAUCUACAGUAUAUAUACUGUUUAUAUAAUCAAUAAACAUUUUUUUUAGCAAUAAUAUAGGUGCUUAUGAAUCCAGUGUACUUCCUGUUGUUCUUGGAGCUCUGAAUCAGCUGUAGCAAAUGAACUGCAGGCACUUCUUUCUUAAGCCACUCUACAGUGUGAAAACAGACAUGUUGUGGACUUUCCGGUGUGUUUGUGGUGAAGUCUGUAAAUUGUAAUAGAAAUCCUCUUCUUUGUGCUCAGUUUGAUGACUUAUUGUUGUGAAUUUCAGGUCACAUUUGUUUAAGUUAGUUCUAUUUAGUUUAAUACCACAUGUUCUCUUUUAUGUAAUUGGGUUUUAACUGAAAACGUUUUAUAUCUCUUCUUAUUUGAUCUGCACAAUGUUAUUAUACACAUGUUGAUUUAUCUUAUGUUUAUUUCCAUGACUUAUAUUUACUGGAUUUAAUGAUAAUCUCAGGAGAACGUUUCUUUAUUGAUGUUGUACUAAACUCUGAUCUGUAAAAUGAUGCUGUAAUGGAAAAAUUGAAUUUUACAUAGUAUUUUGUAAAGUUUUUAAAUUACAGCAGGGAUACAAAAAGUGUAUCCCUGUGGUGAAAGAAGUACUCAGAUGUUUUUCUUCAGUAAAGGUAGUAAUACCACAGUGUAGAAAUACUCUGUUAGUAGUAAGAGACCUGUAUUCAUUAUUUUACUUAAGUAAAAGUAGAAAAGUACAAGCAUCAAAACAUAUUUAAAGUACAAAAAGUAAAAGUACUCAUUAUGCAGAAUGACCUAUUUCAGAAUCAUAUUCAAUGAAAAAUGACUGAUGCAUUAAUGUGUUCAUCACUUUAAUGUGGCCGCUGAUAAAGGUGGAGCUUGUUUUAAUUACAUAUGCUGCUGGGUAUUCUAAAUUUCCCCCGUGGAUAAAUAAAGAUUCAUAUUAACCUAAAA